CACUGUCCUGCGGCCCGGAGACGCCGAGGCAUCGGCUUUCUCUUCCUUUCCCACCCGGCUGUGCGGCCAGCCUAAACCGUCCCCGCCCUAGGUCGCCCCUUUCUAGUCGCUCCCACAGGGUGCUGCUCCGGCCGUGGGUGCGUCGGUACCCGGAUGUGGAGCGGCUCUUGGCCAGCGGGAACUCUGAGGCGGGGCGGCGCGCGGGGCAGAGAGAGAGGGGCCGCCGUUGCCCACGGGGAGGAGCGGAGCUCGGUCAGGGGGAGCGGAGAGGCGAGAGGCCGGCGCUCAGCCCGUCGCCGCCGCCCCGCGUCCCCGGCCGGGCGGGUCUCCUGGUGGCCGUUGCUGCAGCUAGUCCGGGCGGGGCGCGCCGUCGGCGGCAGAGGGCUGGGCGGGCCGCCGCCCUGUGAGUGACCCCCGGCGCCCUCACCGGCCUCCCGGCGGCGGCGCCCACCCCCGGGCCCCGAUGAGCGGCGCCCGGAACAACCGGGUGAUGGUGGAGGGGGUGGGCGCGCGGGUGGUGCGCGGCCCCGACUGGAAAUGGGGGAAGCAGGACGGCGGCGAGGGCCACGCGGGCACGGUGCGGAGCUUUGAGAGCCCAGAGGAGGUGGUGGUGGUGUGGGACAACGGCACGGCCGCCAACUACCGCUGCUCCGGCGCCUACGACCUGCGCGUUCUGGACAGCGCACCCACCGGCAUCAAGCAUGAUGGAACCAUGUGUGAUACCUGCCGCCAGCAACCAAUCAUUGGCAUUCGAUGGAAGUGUGCAGAGUGUACAAAUUAUGAUUUGUGCACAGUUUGUUAUCAUGGAGAUAAACAUCAUUUAAGGCAUCGAUUUUAUAGAAUUACUACACCAGGAAGUGAGCGGGUUCUUUUAGAGUCUCGUAGAAAAUCUAAGAAGAUUACAGCCCGAGGGAUCUUUGCAGGUGCCAGAGUGGUAAGAGGAGUGGACUGGCAGUGGGAAGAUCAGGAUGGAGGAAAUGGGCGCAGGGGAAAGGUGACUGAAAUACAAGACUGGAGUGCGUCAAGUCCACAUAGUGCAGCGUAUGUUCUCUGGGACAAUGGUGCUAAGAACCUUUACAGAGUUGGCUUUGAGGGCAUGUCUGAUCUGAAGUGUGUCCAGGAUGCCAAAGGAGGUUCUUUCUACAGAGAUCACUGCCCUGUGCUAGGUGAGCAGAAUGGCAACAGGAAUCCUGGUGGAUUGCAGAUUGGUGACCUGGUAAACAUAGACCUUGACCUAGAAAUUGUACAGUCUUUACAGCAUGGUCAUGGAGGAUGGACUGAUGGCAUGUUUGAAACUUUAACUACAACUGGAACUGUUUGUGGCAUUGAUGAAGAUCACGACAUUGUAGUACAGUAUCCAAGUGGCAAUAGGUGGACCUUUAAUCCCGCUGUUCUCACUAAAGCAAAUAUUGUCCGAAGUGGAGAUGCUGCUCAAGGUGCAGAAGGGGGCACCUCACAGUUUCAAGUGGGUGAUCUUGUACAAGUUUGUUAUGACCUGGAAAGAAUUAAACUCCUGCAAAGAGGACAUGGAGAAUGGGCUGAAGCUAUGCUUCCAACGUUAGGCAAAGUUGGUCGAGUACAGCAGAUUUAUUCUGACAGUGAUCUAAAGGUGGAGGUUUGUGGAACAUCUUGGACAUAUAACCCAGCAGCGGUUUCCAAAGUGGCAUCGGCAGGAUCCGCGAUCAGUAAUGCGUCUGGCGAAAGACUCUCCCAACUUUUGAAGAAAUUAUUCGAAACCCAAGAAUCUGGUGACCUCAAUGAAGAAUUGGUUAAGGCUGCUGCCAAUGGAGAUGUUGCUAAGGUGGAAGAUUUACUAAAAAGACCAGAUGUGGAUGUGAAUGGACAAUGUGCAGGCCACACUGCUAUGCAAGCUGCUAGUCAAAAUGGACAUGUGGAUAUUUUGAAGCUGCUUUUGAAACAAAAUGUUGAUGUAGAAGCAGAGGAUAAAGAUGGAGAUAGAGCAGUUCACCAUGCAGCUUUUGGAGAUGAAGGUGCUGUUAUAGAAGUACUGCACCGAGGUAGUGCUGAUUUGAAUGCUCGCAACAAACGCAGACAGACACCACUUCAUAUUGCUGUUAAUAAAGGUCACCUUCAAGUUGUGAAGACUCUAUUGGACUUUGGCUGCCACCCCAGUCUCCAGGAUUCUGAAGGUGAUACCCCUCUUCAUGAUGCAAUAAGUAAGAAGCGUGAUGAUAUCUUGGCAGUUCUUCUGGAAGCUGGAGCAGAUGUUACUAUUACAAACAAUAAUGGUUUCAAUGCACUACACCAUGCAGCACUAAGAGGAAAUCCCAGUGCAAUGCGUGUUUUGCUAUCUAAAUUACCAAGACCCUGGAUUGUGGAUGAGAAGAAAGAUGAUGGCUAUACUGCCUUGCAUUUGGCUGCCCUUAAUAAUCAUGUCGAAGUGGCUGAAUUACUGGUACAUCAGGGGAGUGCAAACUUGGAUAUCCAAAAUGUGAACCAACAAACUGCCCUACACCUUGCAGUUGAACGACAACACACCCAGAUUGUGCGGCUUUUGGUUCGUGCUGGUGCCAAAUUAGAUAUUCAGGAUAAAGACGGGGAUACUCCUUUGCAUGAAGCUCUGAGACAUCAUACUUUGUCUCAGCUACGCCAGCUCCAAGAUAUGCAAGAUGUGGGGAAGGUGGAUGCAGCCUGGGAACCUUCCAAAAACACACUAAUAAUGGGACUUGGUACCCAGGGGGCAGAGAAGAAGAGUGCAGCAUCUAUUGCUUGCUUCUUGGCUGCUAAUGGUGCCGAUCUCAGCAUUCGAAACAAGAAGGGUCAGUCACCACUUGAUCUCUGCCCUGAUCCAAGUCUCUGCAAAGCACUAGCAAAGUGUCAUAAGGAAAAAGUCAGUGGUCAAGUGGGUUCUCGAAGUCCCUCUAUGAUCAGCAAUGAUUCUGAAACCUUAGAAGAGUGUAUGGUGUGCUCAGAUAUGAAGAGAGACACACUUUUUGGCCCGUGUGGACAUAUUGCCACCUGUUCUUUAUGUUCUCCACGAGUCAAGAAAUGCCUCAUCUGUAAAGAACAAGUUCAGUCCAGAACAAAGAUUGAAGAAUGUGUGGUAUGCUCCGACAAGAAAGCAGCUGUUCUUUUUCAACCCUGUGGACACAUGUGUGCUUGCGAGAACUGUGCUAGCCUGAUGAAAAAGUGUGUGCAGUGUCGAGCAGUAGUUGAACGAAGAGUGCCCUUCAUUAUGUGUUGUGGAGGGAAAGGUUCAGAUGAUGCCAGUGAUGACAUCUCAAGUGGGAAUAUUCCAGUAUUACAAAAGGACAAGGAUAAUACUAAUGUCAAUGCAGAUGUGCAAAAGUUACAGCAGCAGUUACAAGACAUUAAAGAGCAGACAAUGUGCCCUGUGUGUUUGGAUCGACUGAAGAAUAUGAUUUUUCUUUGUGGCCAUGGAACAUGCCAGCUCUGUGGAGAUCGAAUGAGUGAAUGUCCUAUUUGUCGCAAGGCUAUUGAACGAAGAAUUCUUUUGUAUUAAGAAACUCAAUUUAUUUUGUUAGCUAAAAUAUUUGAUGAGAUUUUACUAAGCCUUUGAGUUAGUUGGAGGUUCUAAUGAGUUAACAUUUAUUAACAGUUUCUUUACUAGAGUGUGUUACUAGAGAGUUAUUAGAAAGUGUUUCAGAGCAAAGAAAAAAUCUACAAAACUGUUUGAAGUAAUGCUUAUUUUGUUUUUUAUUUUGAAAUAUAAAAUACUAAACUCAUAAGCAGUUUACUUUUAGUUUCUAAGAGAAAAAUUCUUUAAGGCUCUCCUGUUGGUUUUGUUUUUGUUGUGUUUUUCUUAUACUUUUUUAAUUGGAGACCUCAAAAGAUAAAAUUUCUUUUAUGAAUUUGACUAUACUUCAGUUUAUCAAGACUUUUUACACAGUGAGUUGACACAAUAUUCAGAAGAGUUAUGCAUCAAAUGAAAGGGACAAGUCAAACCAUUAUGUCACAUGUAUUUAAUGAUAAAAUGAUAGUACAAGUUCUAAGGGAAGACUGAAAAGAGGAUUCUCUUUAACAUAAAGGUAUACAGAUAAUUGUUUCUGAAAUCUUGAAAGCAUAGAAUGAGAGAAUCUGCACUUGGCUUAUUUUCUAGAUUUAAAAGAAAAAAACUUGUUUAAUUUGAAUCAAAUUGCCAGUUUCAAUAUGACAUGAAGAGGAAAAAAUAAGCCAUCAUAGUGGGGAGCUGCAGAAGAGAAAAUACCCAACAAAAGAGCACCAAUUAACUUGACUGACAACAAUCGCCUUUCUUGGAUUAAUUUUUAUUGUUUCUAGCCCAACUGCCUUUAAGAAAUGUCGGUGAAAAGUGUUCCUCAGUUUUCCUUGUGGUCACUCAUUCUGGCCAGUGAGAUUGUGCUGCCACAUUUGAGCCUCUGGGCUCCAUUUAGCUUUGCUUGUCUGCUCAGUAGUAGUACCCCAGGUAUCUGAGGAGGAUGCACUGUUCAGAAGCAGCGAUCUUUUUUGCAUCUAUGAAUUCUGACAGUGUUGUUGAUUCUGCCUUCCUCAUAGGACUUCCUUCUAUUCUCUCAGACAGUAAAGUUUACCAUAAAGAGAAUAACCUCACUUUAAACCUACUGAUAAUGAUGUUUAAACUGCCAGCAAUAUUUAAGACAUAGUAAAUAAUCGAAUAAUACUUUAGAAAGAAUGACCAGCACCUUGAUAGAAAUAUUUAUGAUUACCUAUAGUUUUGUUUUUUGUUUUUGUUUUUUUUUACUCAGACUUUAAGUAGCUGAUUGUUUUCUGUCCUUUGAGUGACCUGGGAUGAAUAAGUGUUAUGAAGUUCAGUGUUACUAAAUUACUAAGAUAGCAACUGCCUACAACAAGAUUGUCUAGUACAUAUUGUAUAUAAGCUUACUCCUAAGGAUAGUUAUCUUUUUAAUAUUUUUCCCUUUGGCUCUUUUUUAAAAAAAUUUCUGCCAUAACUACAUUUAGAAGUAUAGUCUGUACCCCUUAUAACAUCAUAUUUUUUGGCUAUGUAAUGGCUGCUGCUUUUGCAGGUCUUAGUGAAAACAAUGGGUUUUGUUGGCUGAUUUUUGCAGUCUUAGUAAUUCUAUGUCUAUAUUUAACUGGGGAACAUCAUUUAAAAUAACAUUUUAAAAAUUCUCAUUUGAAAAAUUUAUAUUAUUCUACUCAGUUAUGUAAUAAACAGCCAUCAAGGCUACUCUUAAGUCAUAUUUUGAGUUAUGAAAAUAAUAUCUGACUGAUGUUCCUGUCAGCCACAGGAUAUUUCACUUCAUAUCUAAAAAAGUUCACACGAGUGUUUCUGUUUCCAUGCUACAGAAUAUUCAUAUCCUUUUAAAAAAUCAAACAUAGUUCUUGUUUAAUUGAUAAUAUUUAUUGAAAGAAGUCUGUAUUAAAUAUAGUUGCCAACAAAGAAAGAUUGAUUUUUGCUAUAUUUCUAAGACCACUUGUCUCUUUUCUACUAAAUCACUUGUAAUCAGUGAGCACCUCACUGACUCAUGCAUAAUUUAGUUGACCAGAAUCUCAUACUUGACUGAAGUCCUUUUUUUCUGCAGUGCUAAAACUUACAUCCCUAUAAGGUGAUUUCAUCUUCCAGAAUUUAAUUCUUCCAGUUGAUUUCCUCUGUAUUGAAGGCAUAAUAUGUUAUCAAUAGUAUAAAAUCAGUCACUGUGAUGGUAGUGCUAUCUGUACUUACAGGUUUUAUGUAUUUGUACCAUUUGGAACUAUGUUUAGUGAGUAGAAAAUGUUUCUCUGUUUCCAAGCACCUGAAAAAUUAUUUUGAAUUUAUUUUGGUUUGUAAAAGAAAAUAAGAUCAAGAACUUAAUUCUUAAAGUGACAUUCUUCAAACUCUGAAAGUGCUACCUCUUCUAUAUCUCUCAGUAGUUCUUUUCCUAUUAGGUAUAUUUCCUUCUCAUUAUCUCUUUAUCUUGUGCCUCGAGAGCUUUUAGUUUUCCUAGAAUCAUUUCAAAAAAUUAAACUGACAUGCAUCUAUUCGAAAACAUUUACUGGGCUUCAAUGGUUGGAUAUAUAACACUGAAAAAAUGGCCAGCAUUUCAGCAUAGUUUACCAUAAAGCAUUUUUAUAUUUGGAAUUAUUCAUAGUGAAAAAGAAGAGACCCCAGUACUGACAGCAUUUCUUCCUAAUGUUUAAGAGGAAUCAUCAUGUCUGGGUGACUGUUACUGCUAGCAUAUUUUCUACGUUACUCUUUAAGAUCAUUAGCUUUGCUAUCCAGUGCACACAAACAACUUUCCAGAUGGUGCUAUUCUAAUCAGUUUGGUUCAUGAUAGUUUACUUUCUUUGCUUAUAUUGGAUACAUAAUUUUAUUGGGAAUAAGGCUGUUCAAGAGGAAAUUAUUUUGUAUUAGUGUAGGAAUAUAUUAGACAAGUGUUUUUAGUUGGUCAAAUUAAGCUAUGUUGAUAUACUGGUAAUUUUAAACAUUGCUAAUUGACCACUAGAUAUUGAGGCCAUAAAGUUAAUUGAUAAGGUUGAAUCUAACUUUUUAAGACUUAGAUUUUCUGUGACUUUAGCCUGUAAAGCAUUUUUUAGCAUAUUGAGAUGCAUGUUGCUUAACAUUUGUCCACUUAAAAUUGCAAGACUUGCUGGAUCAUUUUACAUGCUAGAAAUAUACUAUCUAGUUAAGUGUUGCUUGGUUUCUGUUUGUUAGGAAUUUUGGGCUAGGAAUUAAAUUUACAAAAUAAGAGAAUUAGUGAUGGGAGAAAACAGAAGCAACAGUAGGGAGUUUUGACAAGUGUGUGUUUGUAGGUAAAGGUAAAAAAAAAAGGGGAUCAUGUAGAUUUCUAAAAGCACUAAGUAGAGCUUUUAGUAUAGUUAAAUUGACUUGCUUUGAAAAUUUCAAUCUUUAAUAUGCCUUGCUUAGUAAUAUUCAAAAGGAAGGCACUUUUCCUCUUAAGUGUCAAGUAUUUUAUAGUAAUAAUUUAUAUAAAUUUUUUAAGUAGAUUUUUUUUGCAUUUUUAUUAGGGUAAAAACACAUACAUGAAUUUUACUGUAUUGACCAUUUCCAAGUGUACAGUUAGUGUUAAUUAUAUUUGCAUUGUUGUGGAACAGAUACCUAGAAUUAUUCUUACCUUGCAUAUUGAAACUCUGUACUUAAGAUAGUAGCCCCUCUACCCCCCCCUCCCGCCCAGAAUAAAAUGUUGGUAAAACAUAAAUAAAAACCACCUGCAUUAUUUUAAUAGUUUUUUAAAAUAUAUACUUACAAGGUCUGUAGUAGUGGUGAACAAAAUUAGGAGAUGACAGAAUUUAUUCUUUCCCUUUCAAGUGUUAUCAGUCAUAGUUGAGUAAGUUUUGAGUAUCUGUUCAUUGGAAGAAUUUAUUAUUUUAUUUUGAACCAGAGAGAGAAAAACACAUUUUAAACAUUAGAACUAGGUUUCUUGUGAAUAAAAUUGUACUAAAUUGGGAAGGUAGUAGAUUUUUCAGAAAUUAUGUGUGCCUUGUUAUUGAAAAUGUCAGUGUCUUUAGAUCUAUUCGUAACAGUUUUAAAAUACAUCUUUAUUUCAAAAAAUAACCUAAUUUUUGUUUGCUUAAAUAUUAUGAUAGGAAUGCUUACUGGUAUUACUUGAUAAGCACAUAUAUAUUUAUAUAUAUAUAUAUAUAUAGCCUUGGAACAUUAACUUAUAUAAACAACUAUAAUAUAAGUAAAGUAUUAAUAAAGCUGUACUUCUUUAAAGCAUUAAAUCUGAGGAAAAAAAAUUCAUGCUGUCUCGUGUACAUUGCUUUGCUAUAGUGAGGGAAAAAUCUCAGAUUGAAUCUCAGUUUACUGAUAAGUGGUUAGUAGGGGUGUACCAGGAACAUAAAAUAAUUGAAAUAGCAGAAUUCUUAAAUUAAAAUUACAUUUCUACAUUGGCUUUUCCUACCUCCUUUUAUGUCAGAGUAUUACCUUUCCAGAAUUUAUUAUUUGUAUCUGAGGACAUGGGGAACCUGAAGUUCCAAUGGAGAUUUUUAUUUUGUUGUUGAUUUAACCAGUGGGUGGAGGAAAGGAGACCUGCCAUAUCAAUUUGGUGCCAUAAUACACCAAAGCUAUAAUUGACAUGUACAAAAACUGUAAGAAAGAUAACCUUGCCAAAUAUUUUACUCUUCCUGUACAGCCUACAUGUUUUUGUUUCAUAAACAUGACUUCUUUCCUCCACACAAGCAAAAUGGUCUUGUAAUUUUCUACAAAAUAAACAAAAUAUGCCAUUUUGUGUGAAAUGCAUUAAUUUCAGGAAGCCAUUGAAAGUUCUGACUCAGGGCUUUUUAACAAUUUGGGCAAUUGUCAGUAAUAUUUUGUGAAAAUCCAACUACAUAAUUCUUCAGUGCCUUGAAAGAAUUAUUAACUUGACAACACUACUAAGAAUUUAUAGAAGCUGGUCUUUUGUGAGCAUAUACCAGUAUACACACAGUUAUAAAUCAUAGUUAGCCUAGCUUGGGUAACAGUGAUAGUACACUUGAUACUUAAAAACAUUGUUUAUGGCCGUGACAUUGUUACCAGUACAGUAAUUCUAUGUUAAAGCAUUUAUGUAAAAGUGAUGUGUAAGUAGUAUCUGGAAAGAGGAAAUAGACUUCAUACAAUUUGCUGUUUCAGGAUGAAAACAAGAUCUGUUUGGCAGAGUAUAAAUUGUCUUUUCAUCAAAGGACAUUUUUUUAUUCAAGUGAUUUGCUUUUGAAAAUGUUAAAGGACAUCACAAACUGCAUGUCUUUUUUAGUACUAGUAUUAUCUAGACUGAAUCCAUGAAAUUGUUUAAGUUCGAUAUGCUUGUGUAAUUCUGAAUACAAUAUAUUCAGUGAUAGAUUCAUUUUAAUUGAUUCAUAGCAGUGUUUUGCUUUGUAUUUUAUCCAGUGUUUUAUAGUUUUCACCUCAUUAAAUCAAAAGUCUUGUUUGUGAUUAUGA